AUGUCUGACGAGGAGGAAUAGUAAGUUGUCGGGUUGUCACGGCCAUAAAAUUAUAUUUGUUUACAUUCGUCAUCUCUUUAAUAUCUUUUUAUAAACUUAUUAAUCCAUGUCAAAAUAAAGCGUUCGUUACCAGUUACAGUAACCUUGUUUUGCAGCAGUGAGGAGGAGAUAAUCGAGGAGGAAGAGGAGGAGGUAGCGGCCGAGGAAUCUGCCGCUCCAGCCGAACCCGCCGCCGAAGCCGAGACCGCUGAAGCCGAAGUUGAAGAAGAAGAGGCUCCAGUAGAAGAUGCUCCAGCUCCAGAAGAACGCAAAGCCAGACCUCCACCACCACCAGAGAAGGAAGUGGACCCAACCACCUUGACCGAAGCCGAGCAAGCCAUGUUGGCCGCUAAGAAGCGCCACGAAGAAGAAGAAGCCGCUCGCAGUCAAGAAGUUGAAGCCAGAAGAAAGCAAGAGUUGGCUACCGUCGAUGAAGAGCUCCGUGCCCUGAAGGAACGUCAGAUCGAGAGAAAGAAGCAACGUGAAGUCGAAGAAGCUGAGAUGGCCGAACGUCGCCGCAAGGACGAACAACGUCGUCGUGAAGAAGAAGAAGCCCGCAAGGCCAAGAUCGAGGCCCAGAAGCGUGCCAAGGAGGAAGAAAAGCUGAAGCGUCAACAAGUAAUGGCUGGAGCUUUCGUCAACACAUCAGCCAGUAAGUUUCGCAAAAUUAUUAUAUAUACUGUACAAAGUUGAACAGAAGUUCCAAAAACUGAACGUUGCAGAACCUUAUAAAGUUUCUAACAAUCUUUAUAAGGUUCUAGUUAUUAACAAAAGAUAACAAGUACAACUGGUUAUUGCAGAUGUUGGUCGCAAGAAGGAAAGAACUGAAGAACAACACCAAGAAGCCAAGCGUAACUACAUCGCUUCUCUUCAGAACAGCAAGCAAGACGUCUCUAACUUGUUGCCAAAUGACUUGAAGGCCAAGAUCAAGCAACUCCACUCUCGUAUCCUGAAGCUGGAAUCUGACAAAUACGAUCUCGAGAAGCGUCAUGAACGUCAAGACUACGACGUAAGUGUUAACACGAUAACUGCUAAUUUGAAACUUUACUAAUGACCUGCCAGUUGACAAUUGUGCAAAUAUUACUCUAACCUUAACAUUAUGCUUUACAGUUGAAAGAACUUAACGAGCGUACCAGUCAAGCUGCACGUAAGAAGGCGAUCGCCAUGGGCGUAGACCCAGAAGAAGGAGAAAGCAGCGGAAUCAGACCACCAAAGAUCAACGUCGCUUCCAAAUAUGACCGUCGCGUCGACCACCGUGGCUACGGCGACCGUCGUGAGCUGUUCGAAAACGUAAGCUUUUAAUCUUAUCAAUUUCAAUUUUUUGCCAAAAAUGAAGUUUUCAGAAUCGUUAUUGAUAAGCAGAUCAACUAAUACCUAAAAUUUUAGCCCUUCCAAAGACCAGACCCUGCCAUUGUUCACGGCAGCGGCCGUCCCCCACCAGAAUGGGGCCGCAAAAACUUGGAAGAACUGGAACAACUCAGAAAGAACCUCGAGCCCUUCAGAUAUCAAGAGCAGGUCAAGGCCGAAGGAGAGGCUGCCCGACCUCCAGUCCCAGUUAUCCCACUCCAGAUUCCAGCAGAAAACGAAGCUGCCCCGGCGCCAGCUGAGGUAUAACAUUGGUUUCUUUACUGCGUCAAAUAUAUUCAAUAACCGAUAUUAUUCUUGUAUUUAAAGUAAUAAUUUAAAUUUCAGUAA